UGGUAGUGGUCUGAGAUCGACGUCGUCAUAAACAUAGUUUAGAAAUAUGGCUUGUGGUGCAGGUGUUUUGAAAUGGAUUCGUCAGCCCAUCCAAGGACUUUUUGCCACGCUUCAUAAAGUGGGCAGAUGCCAGCACACGGGUGCCGUAACCUCAGCCGUGACCCGCAAACGGUUCUCCACCGACCCGCCAGAACAGAUCAGCCGGUACCCUAUCCCAUAUAAAAAAGACCUUCCUUAUGACAUUGUGGAGUUGAUGGAAGAAGUGAAGACCAAGGGUGGAUUCUUGCCCAAUGUUUUCAAGGUCCUUGCUCAUCGGCCAUCUGAGUUUCGAGCAUUCUUUGCCUACUACAACGCUCUGAUGAACAAAGAAACAGGCAGGCUGACGAAAUCAGACCGGGAGCUGAUCGUGGUGGCCACCAGCAUCCACAACCACUGUCUCUACUGCGUCGUCUCGCACAGCGCCCUGCACCGCAUCUACUCCAAGAACCCCACGCUGGCCGACCAGGUGAUAGUAAACUACGAGAACGCCCAGCUGAGCCCCCGAGAGAGGGCCAUGCUGGACUUCGCCCUGGCCAUCUGCCGCAGCGACACCAUCACCGACGGCCACUUCCACAAGCUGGAGGAGCACGGCUUCGACCGCGAGGACGCCUGGGACAUCGCCGCCAUCGCCGCCUUCUUCGCCAUGUCCAACCGCCUGGCGCACCUCACCGACAUGCGGCCCAACGUCGAGUUCUACAGCAUGGGGCGCAUGCCGCGGGAAAAGGGGAAGGGCGAAGCCGAGGGGCAGCAGAAGUCUGCCUAACAGCGCGGUCCCAUAAUGCACCGACCCCCCC